CAUGGUUACUUGAUCGACCCAGGGACUCGCUAGACACCUACAGAGUAGCACCACAGUAUGUCACGCAGGUGUCAGGAUCCCGAAACAAACAAAAAUACCUUAAUGCUCUUUGCGGCUUUUUGUGUGAACGGACAGGUAAGAGUCACACGUAACUGCAAAGGAACCCUGUCAUGAAUUUUUCAGUGGAGAAACAGCCUGUCACUUUUUUUCUGCCGCAUAUGGAAAAGGAUGAAAAUUCACAUCUGUAACCAGGAGAGUGUCAACAUGCUAGAAAGUGGCUUUGCUAAGGUACAAAGCCAGGGAACGGCGGAUGGUGGGAAACUGCCAGAAGGCAGGAGAUGGUGCAGCUGCUCACGGCGCCACUGCUUUUUCUUCAUUCUGGUGUUGGCAGCUGUUGUGCUCCUUUACAACACAGAAAUAAUGGAAAUGGCAAAUGGCUGGAAUCCAAAAUGGUGGGCUCUGUUGAAAGGUCAGAGCCAAAACGCGGCCUCUCCCAACACGGCUGAGUCCAACAGCAGCGCUCCUGGAUCCACAUCUGAGCUGACCACUCAGACCAGCUCGCUAACAUUUCCCCAAACUGAGGGAACGACUUCUGCAAAGCAGGCAGAUGAGACUACAGCACACCUGACUCCAACUGCCUCGGUGGUGACUCAGCCGGCGACACAGGUUAACUCUGUGCCCCCAGCACCGGCCCCUUAUGUAUCUCCGGGACCGUACUUAGUGGAAUAUCCCUACGAGUACCACUUCAUCAUAAAUGAGCCGCAGAAAUGUGAGCAGAAGAAUCCUUUCGUGGUUCUGAUGGUUCCCGUGGCGCCCCACAACAAGGCUCAUCGUGACAUCAUCCGUAACACCUGGGGAGGUGAAAGUCUGGUGCAGGGCAAAGUGGUGCAGCUGUUCUUCCUGCUGGGGAAGCAAACUGGAGAGGGAGCAGAGAAGCUCCAAGAGCAGCUGCAGCAGGAGAGCACAGAGCACCAAGACCUGAUCCAGAGCGACUUCCUGGACUGCUACAAGAACCUCACCAUCAAGACCAUGGUGAUGCUGGAGUGGCUGGACUCCUACUGCUCCAACGCGUCCUAUGCCAUGAAGAUCGACUCCGACAUGUUUCUAAAUGUGCCCAAUCUCGUUAACAUGUUGGCAAACGCUCCAAAGACGAACUACAUGACGGGACUCGUGGCGAGAGGAGCUGCGGUUCUGAGAGACCAGACCUCCAAAUGGUACCUACCUGUGGAGAUUUACGCUAACUCGCAGUACCCACGUUAUGCUCUGGGUCUGGGCUACAUUUUGUCUUUAGACCUCCCUAAAAAGCUUGUGGGGGCAUCCAGACACGUUAAAGCUGUUUACAUUGAAGAUGUGUAUUUGGGGCUGUGUAUGGAGCACCUGGGCAUCUCUCCCACCGACCCCCCCGGCUGGGGUUAUUUUAAUGUCAUCCCUGCACAGUACAGUCGCUGUACUUUCUCCAGGAUAAUAGCCACCACCACUAAUGAACAGUUUGAUCGUAUGUGGGCUUGGACAGACUUUAAAAAACCCGGCCCAUACUGCUGAUCUGUUACAUAAAUAAAUAAAUAAGAUAUCACAUCUGAGGAAGACUUGGAGAAAUAAUACUGCUAAUUUAUUCUGUUUUUUACAGAGUUUACAUCCUAGUUUUGCUAAAAAAAAAAAAAAAAAACACCUAAUUAUAUAUUUUUAAAAAUCCUCUCUCAUCUCACAUUUAACAGUGUUAAACUGAACACAUCAGGUUUUUCUCUGAGCUUAUUCUGUUGCUCUGUAGAUCAAAACUGGAUCUGCACCAAGCCUUCAAAAUAAAAUGUAUUUUUUUAAAACCAGCAAACAACAGAGUGCAGCUCGCAGGAACCUACAAAGUUCAAACGUGUGCAUACAGUGCGUGUGCAUACAGUGCGUGUGCAUACAGUGCGUGUGCAUACAGUGCGUGUACAUUAUGGCUGCAAUCUGUUUUUGUUGUUUUUCACAGACUGUUUUGAGCCUUCCUCUCUGAGAAUGAAAAUGUGAGUUUCUCAACCUCAGGGUCUGAUGCACUGAAUUUCCUGCCAUGAAUCUGAAAAAGAUAAAACAAAGUGGAAUUAAAUGUGGAAACACGAAGACACAUUUGGGGAAUUAAGUCCAAACUCAGUCACAUCACACCAUGAAAGGCUGAGAAACUCUAUUCUUUGCUCUCAUGUUACUGCACCGCCCUCUCUGGCCUCAAUUGCACAAUUGGUGAAUGUACGAUAUGAAGGAAGCAGGGAUAGUAGAGUUUUAAGUGUGUGGAUGUAUUAAAAUUGCUGAAACAG